AUGGUGAAGACUGAGCCUCUGCUCCUGCUCAGAGGUCUUCACUCCGGUAAAGGGCUUCAGGCACUUUUCUCACUGCAGAGUAACAGCUCAAAGGUAAAAUUUGUACUGGAGUGCAGUGCCUGUGGCAAGUGUGUGGCUUCCUUCCUGGACUCUGCAGGUAAAUAUGUCUAUCAGCCCAUGACACCUGUAGAGCAGCUUCCCAGCACCGAAAUACCCGUUCGCCCUCGGGAGUCUACAAACACAAUCCAGAUCUCCGUUUCGCUCACCGAACACUUUUUGAAGUUUGCGCCCGUCUUCCAGCCCCCUCUGCCCCCUGACUCCCCGCAGUUCUGCACAAUCGCAGACCUUUUCAUUGACAAUUAUCGCGUGAAAUGCAUCAACGGGAAGAUGUGCUAUGUGCAGAGGCAGCCUCCCCCCAUGCCCCACAAGAUAAAGCCCGAGGAAGUCCCUGUUCGCAAUGCCUUAAUCACAAAAGAGAGCAAUACACCAAAAACAGAUCACUGCUCGUCCCCUUCCAGUUCUGAGGACUCCGGGAUCAAUGCGGUGGGGGUUCAUUACAUGGAGUCGUGUGACGAGGACACGGAGGGGGUGGCCGAGCUAAGUUCAGAAGAAGAUUACAGCCCAGAUAGCAGCUGGGAACCAGAUGAAUGCCCGCUCUUGUCACCCUCGCAGUGCGAAAUGGAAGUGAUUGAGACUAUAGAAACCACUGUGUGAUCCGUCAAGUUGGUAUCAGAUCAGUCCAGUUCCCACUCAGCAAUGUUGCUUUUGUAGUAUUUAUAUUUUCUGUUUUUUCUGACAAUCCCUUUUUUCCAGUGCACUUGAUAUUUCAGAUUCCUCAUGGGAGUGCGGUCACAGGAUUUGCAUAUUGGUGAACUAGCAGCAGCCUGAGCAAUUUUAACAUGUUCUCAGCCUGAUCAGAUCUCCCAUGUCUGCACGUAAGGUAGUGAUAAAUCUUAAGACUUCUGUAGCUGAAAUAGGCCCUUUUCUUGGUCUGGGUUACAUCAUGUACUGCUCAUACAAGGAUGUGCCACUCGAGAUGUUUCCAUCUGUCAGGAUGUUUGCAGUGGGCCUUCAAAGCACAGAGGGUGAGCUGGUGCAGCACAGCUGCAAGCAGCAAAACCGAGUUGCCCUUAUUCUUUCUCAAACAGCUACGCGAGGUGUGGCGACAAGAGGCUCUUUCCGUCUCUGUCUGUCCUUGCGCAUUGUCCAUCCUUUUCUCUAGUGCUGGUGCGACCCUUCUUGAAGGCUGUCGGCACCACUCUUCCAGCGGGUUGGUAUGGCAGGCUAGAGAAUGCACAAAGUGCCUCCAACUUUUCUCCAGGCUAUGCACCGAGCAUCUGCUGAGUUUAGUCAGGCUCUGAAAUCUCCUGAGAAGGCAACUGUUGCUCCGGAGGGGGAUCUGUUGCCUGGAUCCAGCUGGUCCCUUUUCUCUGCAUGGAUCUCGGGAAGGGGAUCUGGCUUUGCAGCUCAGCAGGAGGGGGAGCAGGCAGAGAUGAAGCAUGGCCGUCUAACCAAUACCAUGCUAGACUGGCGGGUAAAAUGAUAGGCGAAGGAAGUGACUACCUCCAAAGACACAAAACCCGCCCUCGGCUUUGCCUGCUGCUUCCUCCUGUGCUGUUUGGUGCCGGACACGUGCACUCAGGACCAAAUGGCCCCAGGGCCUGCAUUUGCCUGAAGAAUAACAAAAUUUUAAAAAAAAGUUUAUCAGCCACACCACUGUGUCGGCAGAGCUCGGGGACAGCGUGGAGGUGCUCGUGGGAGAUGGCCCAUGGGCUCGGUAGUGUGUGUGCUUGUUAAAAUACAGCCUAAGAUCAUUCUAGCGGAGAGAGGAGGCUUUGGCUCCUGCUCCUUUGCACCCAGUUCAAGAGCGGAUUCUGAUCAGGGGUUUCCUCAAAUAGCUGGUAAGAGCGAGCUGUCUCGCUGGUGGUUUGGUUUCAGCCCUGCUUGAUGAAACAAAAAUGUCAUUUUCAGAAGAUUUCAGUCAGCUUGAAUCAGUUGGAGUCAGUAAUAACUGUGUUUUCAACAGCAUUACUGAAUUUCUUUGUGUAUUUGCUGUUUACGUUUCAAAAGUCAUUGGUGAAUAUAAGGCUGUAUAAAUGUGUACAGUUUAGUGACUGAUACUAGAUUAUAGUCUGUGUUAUAGGAUGGCUCACCUCUCUCACUGUAUCCUGACAAUGUACUACUAAUUUUAUACACUUUGUAAUCAGUAUCUUUAGAAAACGUUUAGGCAACAGUGUGUGUAUGUGCACAUGCGCCUGUGCUAGGAGUUUACCAUAAAUGGUUAUAAAGUAAUACUGUACUUUUUAGACUAACACUUUCAGACAAAAAUAAUAGGUUUUAUAGUUUUGAUGAUUUACAUUAAAAAGUGCAAUGCUUGUUAAAUGAGGAACUUGGGCCAUUGCAUGAACAGAUACAUUCUCACAAGGCACCUGAAAAUAUUCUGUUUUUCUGAGGGCAUUUAAAUGAAGGCCGUAGUAAAAGUAAAUAGGAUUUAUUAAUUUUUUAAGGGCGGGGUUGUCUUUCUUGGUUAACUAAGGUUUCUAACAACAUUUUAGCGUCUUUUGACCAUUCAGACACAUUCCAUAGGUAGAAGGAAGCAUUAUGUAUAAACCUACAGCAUUUAUUCGUAUUUAAUCUUUCAAUUGUAAUCUGAGUGGAGAGCUGAAAAAGCUUACUCUUGUGCCUGGCCUGCCUGAGCUUUCUUCCCAGAGGCAGCUUCUCCUUCCCGAGAAGAUGGGGUGGGCUGACAGAUGCAUCCUCCCAAGGGACUAGCAGCAGCGGGGCCUUUCCUGAGGACAAGGUGCUCCUCGCCAGCUCUCGCUGUGGGCACCAGGCACAGGAAAGGUUACCAGGACCCUCUGACUUGGCAUGAGCUCGCCUUGUUUGCAAGCAAGCAGGAGCCACCUUCUCCUGCUGUUAAGGGGCACCGGCUGUGAGUGUAGUGAAAUUCAGUUGGGUAUUUAUGACCAAGACUUACUGUAAGAUCCUGAGGUCUUGCAGGUUCAUAUCACUGUCGUCAAGAUACAUUCUUUCUUAACUGUAAGUAAUUAGCAAUAUUGACAAGCUGUGAGUGUCUCCUACCCAGGAUUUGUUCAGAUGUCUUAAGCACAAUAAGCUGCCUCUUCCUUCUGUUGUACCCGUAAAACGUCAGUGGAGCAGCCUGGUGUGGGACAGGGCUAGUUCUGGAAAGCGUUUCAGCAGCCAGCACAGUGGGAGGUUUCUCACUGUGCUCCAUCACGCACCCCAGUUCAGAAACACGCUCUUCACAGAAACGUGGUUUCUUUUCUUCGCACAAACACUGGUGUAGACGUGCUGUAAGAGACGUGCCCUGGGCUUGUUGCUCCAUUCUGCCAGGGAGAGGUGUGUA